AAGUCAUGUAAAAGACAAAAACAUAUAGAAAGAAAAAAACAAUGAUAGGAAAAAUUAUAAUAUAUUGCCUCUUGUUCGCCUUUUCAAUCCAAAGAACAGACUCUAUUCUUGUAUUUAGACGUUUUAACAUUGAAAUUUCAAAUCAUCUUGAGGGUAACAAACAACUUAUGGUCCAAUGUAGAUCUGGUGAGCAAUCGACCAAGGUUGUUUUUCUUGCAUUCAGUGGUGUGUUCAAAGUUCGUAUAAUACUUGAUUUUAAGACAUUGGUAUGGUGCAACUUAUGGAAGGGACCUGAUUUCAAGCAACAUGUGAGUUUUGACGCAUUUGUUGGGAAAGAGAGUUUUAUACAUGAUGUAUGUGGGAGUAUGAAGCCUAACGUAUGUUUCUGGCAAGCGCAAGACGAUGGAAUAUGGGUACGUAAUAAUCCAACCGGUGAUCUCAAGUUAAUGUAUAAAUGGAAUACAUAAACAAACCAAAUAUUAGCUCUUUCAUUUGUCUUUGUUAAAAAUAUUGUUACUUCUUUUUCUGAGAUCUCAUAAAACAGAUCACUUUUAAAACUUUUCUCCUAUUAUGACUAA